UUUUCUGCAUUCAGAAAAAUCAGGAAAUGUUUUAAUUACAUUCAUGACUUUCUGUAUAAUUGUAAAAAUGCUGCUUGAUCAGAAAUUAUCUAGAAAUGAUCAACUUUCACUUAACCCGAUCAAAUAUGUUUUUUAAUUGAUUUCCUCCACUUAAUGUGGAAGUAGCCCACAUCUGGAGUAUUGAAAUAAUGUCUUUGUUUGAAACUAAAUCAGCUAUUAGACAAUAAGUUGUGAAUAAGAAGAUUUUUGUUAUAUUUAGAGCUAAACAUUGUGUAAGAAGACGAAUGAAAAUAAAACCUUAGCUGGAGGGAUUUUGGAAAAAUAACUGCAGGAACUGUCUAGAGGGCCACGGAAAAUGCUGCGGAGGGCCGGAUGUGGCCCCUGGGCGUUGAGUUUGACACGUUGAUGCAGCAUCAACUCUUCUCUCUGGCCUUCAUGUUUCUCCUUGAACACCUUCAUCAACGUUACGCUUGUGUCUCCUUUGACUGCACAAAGAUUCACUCACAACAAUAGAAAGAUCCUGCAGCUUUUCAGAAGAUUCUGUCAAUUAAUCAGUUGUUCUGACGAUUAAUUGAUCGUAUGAAAAUGGCACAUUCUGCAUGUUUUUUCAUUUACAUUUUAUUGCCUGAAAUGCUGUAUCAUAGCAUUUCUUUAAGGGAGGCUUGAUCCUGGAUGCAUCUGCAGCUAAAAAUACCAACAUCAACAUAUGAAAAGCUACAUCGGCGUUUGCCUUAGUAGAAGGCUUAGCCCCGUCUGCCUGACAGAAUACAGUGUAGCGCUGAUCUAUUGGUUAUUUAUGGGGAUUUUUUUUUAAUUAAGUGAUUAGGUGGAGGUGAUUUAGACCAAUUAGCCUUCGAAGGACUGUAUACUCCAGUUAACGAUUAGUCGAUUACUAAAUUAGUUGCCUAUUAUUGAAAUAUAUUAAUCACAAUUAAUUCAAUUAAUUAAUUAAUCAAUUAAUUCAUAGUCCGUUUUUUUUCUUGUGACCUCUAGUCAUGAUGUUGGCGCUCUAACAAGCCCCUCAGAAGCUUUGGAAGAGAAAAAGGUCCACAGAAUCACAGAAUACUCCAGUUAACGAUUAAUUUAUUAAUAAAUUCGUUUACAAUUAAACUGAUUAAUCGUUUCAGCCCUCAUUGCUUGCAGCUUGGGUGAAGGCAGCAUUAUGCCUGGGCUCAUGGUCCCUGUGCCUGCAGGAAGCAUGGGUCGGUUGACCGACCCCACCCUCAACGCCUCCGCUUGGCCCCGCCCCUCUGUGAACGCCUCAUCCCAGUAUCCAAUCAGAGCGUACAGCACUGCCGAGCUGAUCCUGGUUGUCAUGGUAUCCGUCUCCCUGAGCAUUCUAACCGUUGUCGGGAACACGCUGGUCAUUCUGUCCGUCAAGGUGAACCGAAACCUGCAGACCGUCAACAACUACUUCCUGUUGAGCCUGGCGGCCGCCGACUUGUUCAUCGGCCUGCUGUCCAUGAACGUGUACACGAUGUACCGACUGCGGGGCCGUUGGCCGCUGGGGGCUGCGCUCUGCGACACCUGGCUCGUUCUGGACUACGUGGUGAGCAACGCCUCGGUGCUGAACCUGCUGCUCAUCAGUUUGGACCGCUACCUGUGCACAACAUGGCCGCUCAGCUACCCGGUGCAGCGGACGGGCCGCGUGGCGGGCCUGAUGAUCGGCUGCGCCUGGCUGCUGUCAUUCCUGCUUUGGACGCCCGCCAUCUUGUGCUGGCAGAGCGUCGGCGGCCGGCGGGUGAUCCCGGACGGACACUGCUACAUCCACCUCCUGGCGAGCCCGGCCGUCACGCUGGGCACCACGCUGCCGUCCUUCUAUCUGCCGGCGCUCGUCAUGAUCGGGUUGUACAGCCGGUUGUCGGCCGCCAGCCGCCGCAGGCUGACUUGUCUUCAGGCGGAGCAGGGGACGCCCAAGAUGGCGGAACCGCCCUUGAAAGGCUUCACCUGGAAACGACGCAGCUGGAUGGCCAGCAACCUGGGCUCGGAUCUGUCUCUGAACCAGAGGGGAAGUCCGGCGAACAACUGCAAACACCUGCAGCCGCUCUCCCAAACCUCCUCAUGUGCAACGGCAGAAGAAGACGCCUUAUCGAUCACUGACCUCCAUGGUUCGGCCUCCGCGGUGCUGUCCUCCUGCCCCAGCUUCCGGUCCCAGGAGCGGAGGAGGCGCCGGGUGAUGGCGCGGGAGAGGAGGCUGACCAACACCCUCCUCGCCAUCUUGUUGGCCUUCAUCAUCACCUGGACGCCCUACAACGUCAUGGCGGUCAUCGCCGCCUUUCGUCACAUCCGAAUCCCUGACGAGCUGUGGACUACGGGCUACUGGCUGUGCUACGUCAACAGCACCAUCAACCCCUGCUGCUACUCGCUGUGCAACGUCACGUUCCGGAAGACCUUCUGCUGCCUGCUGAGCUGCCGCACCUGGAAGCUGCACUAACGCUGAAACAGGUGGGCAUCCGUCAGGUGUUUACCAUGGCGUCAGGUAGAAGAUGGAGUUAACUUCCGCCAAAUAACUCAGACGUUGUCCGAAAGUUUAAAAUUGUCUACUUUUGACACUCAGAAAUGUAAAUGUUUGUCUAGAAAAUUUCUCUGAGAUUAAUCUCAAAAUUUCAGAAUUGUAAAUUUGCAUCAUGUAUUUACCACAGUAUAUUACUAGACAGAAAGAAAUGAGUAAAUUUUCUUCAAAGAACUCAGUUGUCCAGAAGUCUAAUUUUUCUUAAGAGUAUUUUUGACUUAAAACUCAU